AUGUCUCUUGCCGCCGAACAGUUGCGGAAGACGGUUCCCGCGCAGUUGGGGUUUCUAGCAAUUUACAACCCCUCCUUAGGCACCACAGACGAGACUGUUGCGGACCAAAUUGUUUACUACACGUCCCAAGACCAUCAGGAUCGAAAGCGGCGAAAACAACGUGUAGCUGAUGCAUCAACGCAGGCUGCUAAGGAUGCCGCCAACCAAAGCAGAAAUAAGCAGCUAAGACGGAUUGGCCUUGCCCAGGGCAUGGUAGAGUUUGGAAAGAGCUUCGCCGAUGGGACAUCCAUUGAUACGAUUGAGACUGAGAAGUCCCGCAUAAUACUCCAUGAGUUUGAGCCUGGCUGGUGGAUAUUGGCUUCAAUCAAUUUAACAAUACUUCCGAAGACGGUGACGACUACGGCAGCGAAGAACAAGGCGCCAGAACAAGUGGAAACCACCGAAUAUUCAUCUCGUGAGGUAAAGCCUGCAGUAUUGCUUCUGCGAGAUCUCCUUCGGGCACACUCAACAUUUCUCCUACAUCGUGCGCCCUCAAUACAGGAACUAUUUGGCCGAACUAAGCGGUCGGAAUUUGAGAAUAUCCUCGGUCGUUACUGGGAUACCUUUUUGUCAACAUGGAAUGUGCUCAUGCACGGAAACCCCGCCAAUAACCUGUAUGGGGGCAUCAAAAUUGCAGCAUGCGGGGAGCUUGGUGUGGGAGUGGGCGAGGAAGAACGAGGAAGUGGAGAACGUGAAGUUCUAGAAGGCUUUGUUGGCAGGAUAGAUGGACUCGUCGACGUGAUCGUGUCAAGGUUCGGCGAUAUUGAUCCCAGCGACGAUGUACAGAAAGGGACGAACAGAGUCGACGCCCAUCGGACAUUGCCUUCAUCGCCAUGGCUUGGCUCUGGCAAUGAUCCCACUGCUGAAGAUGGAGUUGUCUUUCUUGGAACCGGUGAAUUGCUACAGAGGUCUCUUCGAGACCUGUCCCACUGGGUAGAAGAUAUUUAUAGAUGGGGUCCUUCUACCUAUGGCCUGAUGGAUAAGUCGACUACCCACGGUCGCGGAAAAAACCGCAAAUCAGGAAAGCGGGCGACUGGUGAAGCCGUCUCGAAUUCGAGGGAGGUUUCGAGGGGUGUUUAUGGGGUUAACUUGCUACCGCAGGGUCCUACCCAGGAUUCAAUGACAACAAUCCCUCCCAUGCCUGUUCCGGAUGGCGAAGACACUCGCGGUAGAACAGGCUUAGGAGAACGAGGGCCUUCUCUUCAUCGUGACUCUUCCAAUGCUGCCAGCAUUAAUAGCGAAUCGAGCAAGGGUAGCAAAUUUGUUGAUUACUUGAAAUUUGGUUAUGGAAGCCAUUGGACUCUUGGUGGAACUACAUCUAAAAUUGCCGGCCAUGAUGAUGCUGCCGAUGCUCAAGCUGCCCAUACCAAUUCUGGGAACGCAGUAGGCUCUGUUGAAAGCCAAGGUAGCAAGCCUUCAACUGGCGAGGAAGGACGCAAAUCAGACAGCUCUCCCCGCCCUCCCGACGACACCGUUGGGCAUUAUUUAAUUGGACUAAUGGGAGAUAUCGAGAAUGAGGAUGAUGACACUGUGGUCGAGAACCUGGCGGGUUCACAGAAGAGCAGCGUCUCUUCGGAUAACUUGAGCGAAAACAUAUCGGCUCGAACCUUAAUUAUCGAGUUGCAAACACAGGCGGAUGUCCAUGUUGAAGCUGAAACUAGUAUUGAUGCACACAGCACUGAGAACGAGCAAGCAUCAUUCAAAGAUAAGACCUCGGCGCUCGGUGGCACACUGGGUGUGGUAUUUGGGACACCGGAAGGGAAGAACAUGAAGGAGUUGCGUGUCGUCGUCUACGCCAAUAAACCAUUCAUCUUUGUCUUCCUCUUUGAGCCGCAGACCGAAUCUUUGGCAUCGAGCAGCCUUUACCGUUCACUACAUUAUCAACUCAGUCCUCUCAUGAAACCUUUACUCCGCUCAACGACCUUCCGGGCGUCCAGGCCAGACAUAACUCUGAAUUCCAAGGACAGGAGUGGCAGCGCGACGAUAUAUGAUUUAGUUUGGGACCCAAAGCUAUUAACGCUAAACUCUACUAUUCCCAACAUUCCAGAUCCGUUUCAUACCCAGCCUCAAUCCUCUGAUCAACUUCCAUGGUCACGCAUUGAGGCGUUGAAUACCCACCUGCAGAUUCUUAAUACAUAUAUCGCAACUAUCAAGAAUGGAAGUGAAUUAGAGCGUACAUGUAAGACUAGCCGAGGCUGGUGGGUCGUAUGGACUAGGAUACCGGAACAACGUGAAACCCCGCCAGCGAUUACUUCUGGUACGGGCGAAGAUCUCAUGUUUACAAGUGAAGAUGAGUCCGGUGGUGAUGCCACCCUAGGAUCAAAUGCAUCCCGUACGGCCAGUACCCUUGGCUCCAGUUCCGUUCCAGGCGGAGCGCGAGAAGAUAAAGUAAUCUUUUUGAUCCGGAAGGCAAGCGACUACACUGGAACUAGGUCCUCCAGAUUUGUAGGUGGCUCUUCGACAGCUGAAGAUUCUGGUUGGAUAGGCGCUCCUGGAAAACUGGCACAAGGUAUCGGCAUCGAUACGAGGAAGUAUAUUGAAGGACUGUUGAACCUCAAUCGAUAG